AUGUUCGAGACAACAGAUGGCACAUCGUGGAUAAAUUUGAACAAAAAGAGUUGCUUUCGAGCAGUUACGCUGGAUCGUGAUCACAUCUUACUCACAAGCCUUGGGAUCGUUUUAUACUCUGAUUUUAUCGCAUCGAUUUUACUUAUCGCAUGCCACUGGGCUACGAGUAUCAUGAAAUCGUGUCAAGAAGACCAUAGAGUCACUGACAUGGUUUCUUCACUUGAUUCAAAUAACCCUGGAAAGGAGAGUGGAAUUGAUGACGGUCACAGAAAUACCCCAUCAGCAAGGCAUUCAAGCAUUAUGGAAUUUGCUUCAACAACGGUGAUACCUUAUAAAGUGAAUACAAAUAUUCUUUGCCGUCAUGUAGAUAAUUUGUUUUAUCAUGCAAAAAUUGUCGCAGUUGAUAAAGCGCCUGAUGGAGAAUAUGUUUAUACAGUUCAUUUUCAGGGUUGGAGCAAGCGACAUGAUGAAAAAAUUUCCCAUAGCAGUUCUUUAGCCUUAUUUCGAAAUCCAGCCGAAGAAAAUAUUCAGGUCGCUGAGACUAAGAAGGAAAUGAGGCAAGGUCGAGCUUUAAAAUCUUUGAAGCCCGAAAAGGCACAGUCAGAUAGAUCAGAAUCAAUUUUAUCAUCGAGGCAAUCCACUCCUAGUUCUAUGAGCAGUCAUGACCAAUCUGUGGUGGAUAAAGGUUGUGUUUGUGAUCUAUUUCAAAGUAAAGCAGCACCUAAACAAAAACCAUUAUGGACGUCCAGUUUUGCCGUGAAGAAAGAACAAACAGAUGCUGCAUUGGCUGAGAUUGAAUUACUGCACUCGAGCGUUCACUCAGAAGUUUUGGAGACAAUUUUAGAAAAUGAUCGCCGUAUUAUUGAACAUGGUAUAUCACUUCCAAGAUUACCAGCACGAUGGAAUGUUUCGAACAUUUUAAAACAGUUUUCAACGUAUGUUCGAGACUUGGAUGCAAAGAUUUUAAUAAAUGAUCAAAUGAAAUCUUCAAAAUUUCUAUUGUGGAAAUCUGUUGUAUAUUCAUUGGAUGAGCUUGUCAUCACUUUUCAAGAUUUUUUCGAUUUCAUCAUUAGUGAACAUUUAUUGUAUGAUAUCGAGAUUGUUCGUCAUAAGGAAAUGGCAGAGGGGCCUGCCAGAAUGUUGAGUCCUUUGCAAUUAAGCCUAACCGAUUAUAUCUGUGACUUUCGAUCAGGUCUCCGUGCCUCUGAAUAUUAUGGUUUCAUCCAUCUUCUUCGCACAGCUGUUAAGUUCCAAUCUUUUGUUCGUUGCGAUGAAUUUUCGUCGGAUUCACUCGAGAUGUUUGGGCGUAUACUUAUGGGAUAUUUAGAAAAAGAAGUAUCGAGGUUUUUUAAUGCAGAAACCGAUUAUGAGAAAGUGUGCGCGGACUAUCAAAUGCGUUUUACUAAAUUGAAAGAAAGGAUUGCUAAGUGA